AUGAGUUCUCCCGCGGCGAGACCUGCGUUCAAUUUUUACGCCGACGUGCGCGGUCAAUUAGAAGCCGGUGGGUUAUUCUUUAUCGCUCUAUCUUUGCCGGAACACUACUUCGACCCAUUCAUUGCUAUUCCUGGUACGCGUGCCUACAUCCAGGGCAUACCUGGAUUUAUACCCGCUCUGGUCGCUACCGCAAGCUAUGUAGAGACUGAAGAUACCGAGAUUGUCCUCGGCGAGCAGAGCCGGUUCGAGUCGAUUGUCGAGAUGAUUACGCAGGAUAGUGAGAUCAUAAACGUGAGCAUCUCAGCAAGCCUCAUGAUUACAGCACAGGCUAUCGAUAUAGCCCAGCAUGGAGGUAGGGCCACUCUUGGAUUCGCAUGUUUCACGUUUUAUAGCGAGCACGAACGCUAUCAAUCUCUUGGACGGCGGACGCUCGUUGGCCGAGGCCAACUGCUUAUGGGGGCUGAUACUCGUCUGUACCUCGAGUAUAGUGUAAGCGAGAUUGUCUCUGCUUAUUAG